UUUUGUUAUAUUUUUUAAGACAAGCUGUACAGGCAUUAAAUGUAUCUCCAAUAUAUCAGUAUCACACCACACGCUACACCUUGGCAAAUGGAUGGUCACACAAUACUAAUCAAUUUGCUGGGAAGAUAACAGCUUCAAAUUUAUCACGCGUAAAAAAGACUAUUAAAUCAACCAAUCAUUUACCAAAUAGUCUUAAUGUCGAGAGUGAAAAUGUACCAGCUACGUCUUCAGUACAACCGAAUAAUCCGGUACCAAUGUUGCAACCUAACCCAUUCGCAAAUAAGUUUGGUAAAAAAAUUAAAUUUGUGGAUGAGAACCACAUUGGACCCGGUAAUGAAAAUGCACCAUUACGUCGUGAAGAAGGUAGCUUUUGUAGACGCCAGUUUGAUGGCCGUGGUGGUUAUUGUAUUUUAGCUUAUCAAUGCUUACAUGUAAUUCGGGAAUAUAGAAUGCAUAAUAUUAAAAUCGAUGUCUGUACGUAUAGAAAAAGUAUACCUGUCAUUUGUUGUCCAUUAUCGGAUAAGCAUGUUGAUCACGAAAGAAUCAGCGCAAAAAAAUGUCAAGAGUAUCAUGAAGUUAUAAGAAAUGUUAAAAUAGGUCAACUACGUAAUUUUUCUGGUAGAACUUGUGUACCCAGUGUACCUAUGAUAGUUGGUGGACAUUUAACAAGCACAGUGGAAUAUCCACAUAUGGCUGCCUUGGGAUGGACACAAAACAGUGACGAUACUAAAUGGGGCUGUGGCGGUACAUUAAUUAGUGAAUUUUUUGUUUUAACUGCUGCGCAUUGUAUUUCCUCCAGUAGUAAACCUCCUGAUAUGGUACGUUUGGGUGCUGUGAAUUUAAAUAUUACGUCCAUUUAUCAGCAGGAUAUAAAAAUACUUCUAAUAAUAUUACAUCCAAAAUAUCAGUCAUCAAGUUAUUAUCAUGAUAUUGCUUUAUUAAAAUUGACCAAAAGAGUUAAGUUCUCUAAAGUAGUUCGACCAGCAUGUUUAUGGCAAUUACCAGAUAUUGAAAUAUUAAGCACCUCAGCUACUGGUUGGGGGCGUACAGAAUUUAUGGGUCCAAAAUCUCAAGAUUUACAAAGAGUUGAGCUUAAUAUAAUUGAUCAGAAAGUUUGUAAAGAUAUAUAUCAAACCGAAAGACGUUUACCACGUGGUAUAGUUGAUGAGCAAUUAUGCGCUGGAUAUUUAAAAGGGGGCAAAGAUACUUGCCAAGGCGAUUCAGGAGGACCUUUACAUAUAGAAAUACCAGAAUUUAAUUGUGUUAAAUUUGUGAUCGGUAUAACAUCAUUUGGAAAAUUUUGUGCUGCUCCUAAAGCUCCUGGUGUUUAUACAAAAAUAUAUUCCUAUUUGGAUUGGAUCGAAAAGAUCGUUUUUAAAAAUAUAUAA